CCCAUGCCAGCCCUUCAGGACGGGGGACUCUCCCCUCGGAGCUCCACAAGAAUUAUCCUCCAUUGCCAUUCCAUCAGCUGACAUCUUCCAGGUGCUCUCACUGAUGCUGGGAGACGACAACGAUCGCUGUAAAACAUGCAGGCUGGUGAUACCCCCCACUCGGCGUGUCCAGCCUCCUCAGCGCUUUCACUUUCACUCCGGUAGAUAAAGAACAGCUUUCCUGCGGGAUGAGCUCUGAGGAUGCUCCCGGUGAAGCUGAUAGUGACUGGAGAUGACUUUGGGUACUGUCCCCGGAGAAACCAGGGCAUCGUGGAGUGUUUCCUGGCCGGUGCGGUGUCCAACGUGUCCCUUCUCGUCAACGGAAGUGCUGCGGCAGAUGCCGCCCAGCUGGCGAGGAGAUACAACAUCCCAAUCGGCCUCCACGCCAACCUCUCCGAGGGCUCUCCCGUGUGUGAGGUGCUCAAGACAAACUCUUCUCUGCUCAACCAAGAUGGAUUCUUCCAUGGGAAAAUGGGGUUCAGAACAGCUCUAUCAAAAGGUCUCCUGAAUAUGUCAGAGGUGAAGCAGGAGCUAAAGGCCCAGGUGGAGCUGUUCCUUAAGCUGACAGGUCACCUACCUCUGCACAUGGAUGGGCACCAGCAUGUUCAUGUCCUCCCAGAGGUCAGGCACGUGUUUGCAGAGGUGUUGGAGGAAUACGGGAUCCAGUACACGCGUGUCCCGAUAGAGCCAGGCCUUCACAACUGUGACUGGAUCCCACCGUCCCUGAUGGACUUCUAUCUGGGGGUGGAGGAGGAUUCGUUUAACACAGUGGAUGUGUUUACAAAGCACGGAAUCAGGUGGCCACACAUUUACAUAGGUCUGAGCACCAUGGGCAAGAACAUGUCUGUCAGCAGCAUCUGCAGCGCCAUCGAUGCUGCCAUCGAGCAGUUUGUGUCCAAGGCACCACAGAGCAGGAGGGUUACGAUUGAGCUGAUGGUGCACCCCGGGUACCCCAGCGUCCCCCCCGCCGGCGGCUGCGGGGAAGGACCUGACGAUUUCUCGCAGUCCUGGGAGCGCCUCCACGAGCUGCAGACGCUGAUGGAGCCGGAGCUGCAGAGCCAGUACAAAACCCGCAGCAUUCAGCUCUGUUCAUUCAAAGAUCUUUAAGUAAACAAGCAUGUACUACACCCCCCACACACUUCAGUCGUACUCUCAAGACAGGCAGCUGCCAACCCAGGAGCACACCUCCACCCCAAGGGUUCUGAACAUUUCUCUCUUUGGACUUAACUGCAAAAAAAAGAGCCAUUGCUGGGGAGCAAGUGCUGCUCUGGAGCAAGCGCUCUGUGCAGGGUGCCCCCGGGGGGCCUGGCCACCCUCAGUUCCUCUUUGUGCAGCACGGGGUUGUGACAGGGUUGUGGUCCCUUCCCCUCUGCCGGUGCCCGCUCAGGAUGGCGAGGGCGCGGGGGCACGACGGCCGGGUUGGGCAGGGACGUCCACAGCCACAUUCAAAGCCAUAGUCCACGUCCAGCUCCAGUAACUGCAGCUCUUCCCAUGUACGUUGCCUCUUGGCAUAAAGCCACGGUAGGAAAGUAACAUUGGCCUCAGCCCUUUCAGAGAGGUUUUUUUUUAUUUUUCUUCUGGAUGACUUUGAAGGAGCAGCAACUGUUGACCCAUCUGCUAUUUCCGUAACUGCUGCCUACGAGCUGAGCAGCAACUGCUCCCGUGUGGCCCAGCCACAUGUGGGAGGGCUGCGGAGCAACCCGGGCACGUCUUCAACUGGGGAAGGGCUUUCCACUUGUCCAUUUGCAUUCCUGCCAUCAAAGCAUCCCAACUUCUACAACCCCACCAACAGCGAUACGUUUAACUGUGCUCCUGACAGCAGCCCUGUCGCUCGCGUACAAUGUUCACAUGGAAAAUGUAUUUCAGAUUGUUUAUGCUCAUUUUCUGCACAAAAGUGAUCUAUUUAAUGUAAUCAUUUCUAGUUAAUAAUUUUUUUAAUAUUACAAAUUUAAAUAUGAUCAUCAUUCUUCUAAUGAAAAAUAAACUCAGGUGUUUUUCUAC